AUGUCUGCUUCCCCCGCCGUCGCUCCUACCCUGGAGGCUCCCCAGCAUGUCGAGGCCGCGCCUCCCGCUCCCGCUCCCGCCCCGGUCGCCUACAACCCCCCUCCCCCAGCUCAGAUGACGCCCUCGGCCUCCCUCUACGUGGGUGAGCUUGAUCCGACCGUGACGGAGGCCAUGUUGUUUGAGAUCUUCAACAUGAUUGGCCCCGUGGCCAGCAUUCGCGUCUGCCGUGAUGCUGUCACUCGUCGCUCCCUUGGCUAUGCCUACGUCAACUACCUCAAUGCCGCGGAUGGUGAGCGCGCUCUUGAGCGGCUCAACUACUCCUUGAUCAAGGGCCGUGCCUGCCGUAUCAUGUGGUCUCAGCGUGACCCCGCCCUCCGCAAGACCGGUCAGGGUAACAUCUUCAUCAAGAACUUGGACGAACAGAUCGACAAUAAGGCCCUCCACGACACUUUCGCUGCUUUUGGCAACGUGCUUUCUUGCAAAGUGGCAACUGACGAGCAUGGUCGCUCCCGUGGCUACGGCUACGUCCACUACGAGACCGCUGAGUCCGCCGAGACGGCUAUCAAGGCCGUCAACGGCAUGCUUCUCAACGACAAGAAGGUCUACGUCGGCUACCACAUCUCGCGCAAGGAGCGUCAGUCCAAGAUGGAGGAGAUGAAGUCUCAAUUCACCAACAUCUACGUCAAGAACCUCGACCCUGAGGUCACCCAAGACGAGUUUGUUGAGCUCUUCGAGCAGUUCGGCAAAGUCACUAGCGCCGUUGUCCAAGUCGAUGACGAAGGCAGGAGCCGCGGCUUUGGUUUCGUCAACUUCGACACUCAUGAGGAGGCUGCCAAGGCCGUCGAGGUCUUGCACGAUUCCGAACACCACGGUCGCAAGCUGUUUGUCUCUCGUGCUCAGAAGAAGGCUGAACGUGAGGAGGAGCUCCGCAAGUCGUACGAGCAGGCUAAGAUGGAGAAGAUGAGCAAGUACCAGGGUGUCAACCUCUACAUCAAGAACCUCGAGGAUGAAGUCGACGACGACCAUCUCCGCCAGGUGUUCGAGCCAUUCGGUUCCAUCACUAGCGCCAAGGUUAUGCGUGACGAGAAGGGCACCUCCAAGGGCUUCGGUUUCGUCUGCUUCUCCUCCCCCGAUGAGGCCACUAAGGCCGUUGCUGAGAUGAACAACAAGAUGAUUGGCUCCAAGCCCCUCUAUGUUUCCCUCGCUCAGCGCCGCGAAGUCCGCCGCCAGCAGCUCGAGAGUCAGAUUGCGCAGCGCAACCAGAUCCGAAUGCAGCAGGCCGCCGCCGCCGGCAUCCCUGGUGGCUACCUCAACACCCCCAUGUACUACCCGCCUGGCCCCGGCGCGUACCCUCCCCCUGGUGGCCGUGGAAUGAUGGGUUACGGCCAACCCGGGAUGAUGCCUCCUCGCCCCCGCUAUGCCCCCAACAACCAGGUGCCCGGCAUGCCUAUGCCCCCUUACGGCCAGGCGCCUCCUCAGGCCUACGGCGCCAUGCCCGGCUACCCUCGCCAGCCUCGCCAACCCCCCGCUGGCCGUGGUGGGCCCCCCGCCGACCCCAACGUUCCCCCCGUCAACGGCGCCCCUCGUCCUGCCGGUGGUCCCCAGGGUGCCCCUACCAGCCGCCCUCCUGUUACCGGGCAGCCCCCCGCUGGUCGUGGUGCAGCUGCUACCCGCGGUGUUCCUCGCACUGGCCAGGCUCCUCCCGCUGUUCCGGCGACGGGCGCUCCCGACGCUCCUGUGAUCACUGCCGCUGCGCUCGCCAACGCCUCUCCCAUGGAGCAGAAGCAAAUGCUCGGUGAGGUGAUCUACAUGAAGAUUGCCCCUGCCCAGCCCGAGCUCGCGGGCAAGAUCACCGGUAUGCUCUUGGAGAUGGACAACACGGAACUCCUUCACCUCUUGGAGGCUCCGGACUCCAUGAAUGCAAAGGUCAACGAGGCUCUUGCUGUGCUGCACGAGUUCACCCAGAAGGACACCGUUGAGGCCAAGUAA